AUGCAUUUCAAUUUUUUAGACAGUAAAACUACAGAUCCAGCAGGCGAUCCACCUCGAUCUCCCUUUAAAAUGAAGCCGUCUCUUCGACUCGGAAACAGGGAAAGCGAUGCCAAAACAAACAAAAAAAUUGGUCACCGAAGGGUUACUGAUCAGGGAACUGUGACAUAUAAGAAGACUCCUACUUCAGAGAUUCAACGAGCAAUCCAGCUAGGCAUCCAUCACAGCAUCGGCACGCUCCAACAGAAGCAGGUCCGAGAUGUACUGUUUCGGGAUUUUGAAGUAGUGGAAACUGUGGAUUUCCCUCGAUCUGGCACCAAAACGACGCCCGCCCAUGGUCUCUCAGAUUUUCGAUUUCGAACAUUUGCACCUGUUGCAUUUCGCUCCUUCCGUGAUCACUUUCAGCUGGAUAUACGGGAUUACUUGAAUUCUUUGUGUUCUCAGGAGCUUCGGGAACUUUCAAAUCCUGGCGCUAGUGGGUCAAUUUUUUACAUUUCCGCAGAUGAUGAAUUUAUAAUAAAAACCGUGCAACACAAAGAAGCUAACUUUCUUCAGAAACUCCUUCCAGAGUAUUACAUGAACCUAGUACAACACACUCGAACUUUGCUACCGAAGUUUUACGGCCUUCACUGCUAUCAGUGCUCUGGGAAAAACAUUCGUUUCGUUGUAAUGAACAAUUUGUUACCAUCAUCGGUGAAAAUGCACGAACGCUAUGAUCUUAAGGGUUCUUCCUACAAACGAAAGGCCAACGACCGCGAAUUAGCCAAAGCCUCACCCACUCUCAAAGAUCUCGACUUCAAGGAAAGGCAUCCCGAUGGUAUUUGGUUGGAGGCCGACACAUAUGACGCUCUGAUGAAAACCAUUGAACGCGAUUGCCGAGUGCUUGAAUCUUUCCGUAUAAUGGACUACUCCCUCCUCCUCGGCGUGCAUAAUUUCGACCAAGCAGAGCGGGAUCGAGUAAGCACAAGCAUGCGUGAAUUUAACUCAAACCGUAAAAAGGAACGAUCCUCCGACAAUGGUGUUAUUCCCGAGGAUGGCUUGUCCUCCUCUCAUGCUCCAAAUUUACGAGCAUCAAGUCCUCCAGUGGCUGCUGGAAGAAAAGGCGGCGAUGUCAUUACGGCGAGUCGCCGGUCAGUGUCUCCCUUUAACCGCAGUGCGUUCCGCACCAAAUUAGGCAACAAGCGACUAACUGCUUUCUCCACGGCAAUGGAAUCCAUUGAGGCCAAGGUCGAGCCCGUUGAGAUUGAACCUACGGAUCCUGGGAAAGCGACCCUACUCGGGGGUUUGCCGGCUCGCAGUGCCUCUGGGGAUCGGCUUUUCCUCUUCAUUGGUAUAAUUGAUAUUCUCCAAAGUUACCGGAUGGCCAAGAAAAUGGAGCAUACCUUGAAAUCUGUUGUCAUUGAUGCGGAAACUGUAUCUGUGACGAAUCCUAGUUUCUAUGCGAGACGAUUUCAAAAUGCCCUUGGGACGUGUAUUUUUCGAAAAAUUCCUUCUCUUGACCCACCACAACUAUUUGGUCCGAAAGCUAUGCGCUUCAGGCGCUUAGCUCAUCUGGGUUCGUUACUUGUUGCCUUGUCUCCCAGUAGUGAAACCAUUGCCUCAGUGACAACUUGGCCGCGCUGCCACUUUUUGCCAGGUUCCUCGCGAUUCUCGUCAGCAUGCUCCUCGGGUUACUCCACUAUGGUGAACAAAUGUAAUUGGGUUACAGGAGGGGGACAGGGGUACCAGAGCACCGAGUACACCCAUUCCGCCUCAGUUCCUCUCUGUCUCCGAAGGCAGUCUCUUAGUUCGGAGCCGUACCUCUUCCAGUCCCCGCGUGGAGAACUUUCGUGGUGUGCACAGUCCAUCCUAAGCCUUCGAAUGGACUCCGAUGCCACCUCAGAAUCUGAUCGAUCCGAUAGUAGUAGCAGUUUUGGGGAUAAUUUUCUCCUCCGACCCGAGGAUGGGACAGUGAUGACUACUCAGGGUAAAAAAACCGUUGGCGAGCUAGACUCGGAGCUCGCGGCAGUGCAAAAAAUGGUCCGUCGAGAACGUGCUCGUAAGCAGAAGGAAGAGGCGCAUAAGAAUCAUUCGACCUCAAAUUUGCAGCUCAGUAAAAGCAUAUCAGUCGCAACCACCUCGAUCGUACCGCACUAUGCAACUGUAUCCGGACGACGGGCUCUCCACGGUGGUGUGCCUCCACCCGUCGAUCGACGUAGUCGGACGCCCUUGGCGCGGCAGCGGGAUGGCUCGCCUCGAAUCCAUAAACCCCCACCACCUCCCAUGACCGUCUCCGUCUCCACUUCAGCCCUCUCAGACUUCAUGCGUAAUGCCGAGUCGGACUUCGAAGAGAACCUUUGA